GUUGCCUCUGACUCUGUUGCAAACACACACCGAUGGACUACUCUUGAACAAAUCUCCCCUCUAGCCCUCCCCCCUAAAAAAAAACAGGGGCACAUUGUUUUUCUUUUCCUGCAAAGGUAUCCAGACUGAAGGAUUGACUUGUUUUUGUGCUCCUGCAAAGUGACAAACUAUUGUCAACUUUCCUCAGAAUACCCACGACGAUCCGAGCACAGAUGGAUCAAAACGGCUUCAUGUUUCUCCUGGUCCUGUGCGCCCUCAAUAAGCUGCUUUCGGCUGCAAGCCUUGAUGAUGAAUACCACCAGGAGCAUCUGAAUCAUCGGGGUGAACAUCAGUCGACACGGAACCAAAUCGCCAUGGCCCAGUACGAAUGCUUCCAGCGGAUUGUGAAAAAAUCACACCACAAAACAAAAACAAUAGCAGGUAUAGAGUGCAACACGACGUGGGAUGGGUGGCUGUGCUGGGAUGAAACUGAAGCCGGCGUCACAACAGAGCAGAGCUGUCCAGAGUACUACAAUGAUUUUGACCCUCAUGCGAUGGCCUCCAAAGUCUGCACAGAGACAGGCGAGUGGGGACGUCACCCAGAGAGCAACAGGACAUGGACAAACUUUACAAACUGCAAAGCCAACACAACACAUCAUGGAGCAGCAGCAAUGACUCACUUCUACUUGGUUAUGAUUGGUCACGGCCUGUCGGUGGUUUCAUUGCUCAUAUCAUUAGGAAUAUUCUUCCAUUUUAAGAGUCUGAGCUGCCAGAGGAUAACCCUGCACAAAAACCUCUUCCUCUCAUUCGUGCUGAACUCAAUCAUCACCGUCGUCAGGCUUACAACAGUGGUUAAUAAACAGGGACACUCGCAUAAUGAUUCUGCAAGCUGUAAGCUGCUCAUGUUCAUCCACCUGUAUCUGCUGAGCUGUAACUACUUCUGGAUGCUUUGCGAGGGCAUCUACCUGCACACGCUGAUAGUUGUGGCAGUGUUUGCAGAAAAACAACAUCUCAUGUGGUAUUAUCUGCUCGGGUGGGGUUUCCCGCUCGUGCCAGCGGUGAUACAUUCGAUAGCACGCCACUGCUACUACAAUGACAAAUGUUGGGUCAGCUCAAACACUUCCUUGCUGUACAUUAUCCACGGCCCCAUCUGCGCUGCAUUGGUGGUGAAUCUUUUCUUCCUGCUCAACAUCGUUCGGGUUCUCAUCACCAAGCUGAGAGUGACGCACCAGGCCGAGUCCAGCCUCUACAUGAGGGCUGUGAGAGCCACCCUCAUCCUCAUCCCUCUGCUCGGCAUCCAGUUUGUCCUGGUCCCCUACAAGCCCCAGGACCACUGGGUCUAUGAGGUCUACCUAUACAUCAUGGAUAUCCUCCUGCACUACCAGGGUCUCUUGGUUUCUACAAUAUUCUGCUUCUUCAAUGGGGAGGUACAGAGCGUCCUGCGGAGACACUGGAAUCAGCAGCGGAUGCAGUUCGCCGGCACGUUCGCCAACGCCGACUUCUUCCGCUCAGCCUCGUACGUGGCGUCGUCACUCACAGAGGUCCACCGCUGCUACAGCAUCGAAAGCCACACCGAGCACAUGAACGGCAAGAGCUACUCAGACAUAUUCAGAUCGGACAGCCCUUUCGUGUGAAGGCGGCCCUCGACGUUGGAGGCUCACUGUUUCUUUGACUUCACCCAAGAUGUUACGAAGAUUUGAUGUCAGUGUUUUCUUGGAGUUUUGCUACUGACUGAGUACACACUUUUCUUUAUUUUUUGCCUUUUUUUCCAUCUCCCAGCCAAAUAGUUUCCUUUUUUGACUUUUUCUCACUAAAUUAGAAGGAGCUUGAGAGAGCAUCAUUAUUUAUGUCCCAUGAGCAUUCAAAGGGGCUGUUGUUGGCCAUAAGGAAGACCAAAUAAAUCAACCAGUCUCACUGUGAGCAUUAACACAAGGAAUUCCUGCCUUUUUUUGCAUCUUGUGGAAUAAACUUGAAGAGCCCCCAGUGAACAAGAAGCUGUUCUGACUGUUAAGAUCUUACAAAGAGAAAACCUAAGAUUUUUGUCUGAGCCUUUUGAGGAUAUUGAUGCAACUUAAAAAUAGGUAGUUAUUAGUGAGGGUGUUGUGGAAAGGAAAUUCACGAAACACCCUGUUUAAUCACCUCUUGAAAUCUACUUGUAUGCACAUAGCUGUUGCAGAACUUUUUUAAUGUGGCAGAGCCGGAGCCAUAGUUGCUGGGAGUUAUUGAAUAGCAGAGAAGGAGGUAGUCAGACGGUAGGCAGUUACCUUCAAAAACUUAAUGCCAUGAUUUCCGUGGUUAGAAACAUACAGAACUAGACAUUUAAAAUGCAAAACAGUACAAACACACACAAAAACUAAAGCUUGCUUCUUUUGAAUUAAAGACAUGCAACUUAGAAUAAAGGGUGAAUGAUCCCCUGAGAAUUUAAUAUUUAUAUUAUUUUCUUUUAGCUAAAUUAAAAAUAAAUAAUGAGUUUCAUAAGAAAAAGCUUACAUUGUUCUGUCUGGCAUGGGUAUAGCUACAGUAUAUUUUAAGUUAAUGCUCCGUUAGGCUUACUGUGUGUUUUUUUGCUUCACAUCUGAUUAUUCCGAAAUGCUGGAGAGAUUGUAAGAUAGUCACAGAGGAAACUAUGACUGUGUUUGUACAUAUAUUUGUGUAUGAAUAUGACACAUAUAAGGCACAAAAUAUGAAUUUUGUAUGUAGACAUCCUUUAGUGUACUACUAGUGUAUCAUUUUCAAGUCAGCUAAGAACACCUAUAUUACUUUUACUACAUUUCAGUCCACAAACUGCAGAAAUUAAUGGUAUAAAGUGUGAAAGUGUCAUGUUGCAUGCUUUUAGAUGAAUCCUCUGGUGAUCAGGAAACAAAUUCAGCAGGAACUGACCUAUACUGAUUCACUGAUUUAACACAUUGAUAAUUAUUACCACUUUAGUGUCAAGAUAAAGUCACCUCCAGUCAGAGAUCACUUUCCUGUCAGAGAGCUGCUGGUUUCAGCCUUACAGUACAGGAAUUACACACUUAUGCAGCACUAUUAACGGCCUCUAACGUUAUGAAUAAUCACCUGAAGUGGAAAAAUAAUUUAAAGCUAAUAGUUUGACAUUUUUGCUGAGUGUUAGAUGAGAAGAUUGAUACCACUCUUAUGUCUGUCUGUUCAAAAUACAAAGCGUUAUUUACUAAAAUGGCAAACUGUUCCUUUAAAUGUGCCCUAAAUGUAACGAGCUAGCUUAUAAUUUCUUUUUCUGUUGGAAUCACAGAAUAUUUCUGUUAUUCAUAAUACAAUAGGUUACUAGACUGGGUGAUUACUACAGUAUUUUAUUUUUCCUUUAAAGAGACCAUACAGUGGCCUAACUGGAUGCAUAGUGGGUACAUCGUCAGAUAUUUAUUAUGAUACACUGGACAUAAGUGUGACGUCUGAUUGAAGUUUGACAUUUUGUGAAAUAUACUUAUUUGCUUUCUUGCUGAGAGUGAAAUUAUAAGAUUGACACCACUCUCAUAUCUGUGGGGCCUACAGUAUAUACCAGCCAGUUAUCUUAGCUUAGCACAAAGACUGGAAACAGGGGGAAACAGCUAGCAUUGGCUAUGUCUGAAGGCAACAAACUCUGCCUACCAGCACCUCUAAAACUCACUAAUUAAUGUUUUAUAAUUUUUUUUUUGCCUUAGCAUUUAGCAUUCCAACCUGCACCAGGGUAGCUGUUUCCCGCCAUUCUCCAUUCUUAAUGCUAAGCUAAGAUUACCAGUUUAUAUUUACAGACAUGAAAGUGGCAUCAAUCUUCUCAAAUAACCUUUUUUUUUUAUCAGGAAAGCGAAUUUUCCAAAAACGUCUAUUACAAACUAUUUAUAAACUCUCUUGCUAACAUCUUUGCAAUAGGCUACACUGAAUAUUAAUAAUAAUAGGGAUUUGUAUUGCCAUUAAUAUAGGCUACAUUGGGGGAAAGAAAACAUUUACUGGCUUCUCUGGGCUUUCUUUCAACCAUAUUCUGCUGUCUUCCUCAGUAAAUGGAACUUCCCCAGGUGUUACAACGUGAUAACAAGCAGACUUUUAGAGGGAGGGCAGACCGUAACUCCGGCCUCUGACAGUAGUGCCAUUCACUGAAGAAAACAAUGGGAUAUGACCGAAAGCCCUGCAACAAAAAAAAGCUAGUAAGUGAACCUUGAGUUUAGGAUCCUUUAUCCCAGAUAUGUUUUCCCGAUGUCAAGACUGAAGUUUGAUGUUCGAAAAACAAGGACUAUAUAAAACCCAGAUGUGUGUUUUCCCAUGUUGUAGCAGUUACACAUUUUCAUUAUUUUCAUUUUUUGUUGUUUUGUCAAUAAAUCCAGACAAUGCUUGUUUAUACUUAAGAAAUAAUGCUGUAAAUAAAAACAAGCUGUUUUUAAACUGAGAUUCAGGAGAGAAAAAAAGAGUCGCUGUAUUUGUGUUUCAGUUUCAAUUCCCUCAAAGACAAGCGAAAGAAAACAACGUACGUGUAUUUUCUUUCCCACAUAUUUAAUUAAGGGUGGGAUUUCCUUGUCUGACCUUAGAAAAUGUCCCCCACUGAAAUGAAUAUUGUUUCCAGACAAAGCAGGGCGUGUUACUGUCUGUUCCUCGUCCAGAACAUAUAUGUGACCAGGUACAAUUAGGAAGUCCCAAAGGAAAAAAGCGCUAUAUCUAUCCCUUCAGUGCAUCAUUUAUCAAAUUCAGAACAGAGAAGCUGUAAAAACACUUAACAUGCCACUCUUCUUUCAAGUGUUAAAUACAUCCAUCUGCAAACAGGCCGCAUGAUGAUCAACAGCAUGUGUGCAUUGACCGUUUAUCAUCGCGAGUAAUAUUUACGAGCCACUUUCAUGCCGUUUUCAUAGUCGUGACCUCAAUCCACAAAGGAUUCUGGUAUCCGCGGUUUUGGACAGAGCACUGGGCAUCACAAUAAUCCCAAGACUGUCUCCUCCCAUGUUAUUUUGUGCAGAACACUAAACAUCUGGCGUUUUUACAGCACAGCUAACCGUACUUUUUCCUUGCAUCCUGUUACAUCAAUA